GACCUAGUGAAGAGCCACCUGAUGUAUGCUGUGAGGGAGGAGGUGGAGGUUCUGAAGGAGCAGAUCAAGGAGCUGUAUGAGAGGAACUCUCAGCUGGAGCGGGAGAACGCUGUGCUCAAGUCCCUGGCCAACACUGAUCAGCUCACCCAGCUGUCAUCCACCCAAAUCAGCCCGGCCGGCAGCACCUCCCCGCCUCAGCAGCAACCCCCCGCCAAUACCAAACCCCACUUGGAGGGUGCAGCCCAGGCUCUCAGCCUGCUCCAGCAGCCCAACGUCACCUCAGCGUGAUCACCUGUCUCCGUAAAA